CCAAACACACGCUUCACUUUAGUUAGACAAAAUCACAAACAAAUACAACGAACGAGCCACGCCACGAAGCACAAAACAAAUCAAGCAAUUGCAAAGUGCAAAAGCGGGUUAACCCUCUUCAACUCUUAAACCCUUUAUUAUUCCAGAGUUUAAAGUUUAAACCUCUUUGUUUAGUUUAGCGAGUUCAACGCAAAAAAAAGAAGCAUCAGAGAGAUGCAGAGUGUUGUAAGAAAACUAACCAAAACAUUCUCAAACAGACAUGUUUUAGGUUUUCGUUCCUAUUGCAAUGAUAGGAUUGCUGUUGAUAUUGGACAACCAACCCCUUCAUCUCAUCCACAUCUUCUAAAAGAUGGGGAGAUCACACCAGGCAUAUCUAGUGAGGAAUACAUCCUAAGAAGAAAAAAGAUGUUGGAACUUCUCCCGGAGAAGAGUUUGGCUAUCAUUGCUGCUGCCCCAGUAAAGAUGAUGACAGAUGUCGUGCCUUAUACAUUUCGACAAGAUGCUGAUUACUCGUAUAUUACAGGCUGCCAACAACCUGGUGGCGUGGCCAUUUUAGGACAUGACAUUGGUUUAUGCAUGUUCAUGCCAGAAGCCAAACCUUAUGAUGUGAUUUGGCAAGGGCAAGUAGCUGGAGUUGAUGCAGCAUUGAAUACAUUCAAGGCUGACAAGGCAUAUCCAAUGAGAAAAUUGCACGAGAUCCUUCCAGAUAUGAUAAGGGGAUCCUCAAAAUUGUAUCACAAUGUUCAGACUGCUACAUCAGCAUAUACGGAACUGGAGGCCUUCAAGAAACUAGCUUACUGUAACAAUGUAAAUGAUCUAUCUGUUUAUACCCAUCAGCUGCGAUGGAUAAAGUCUCCUUCAGAGCUGAAGCUGAUGAAGGAAUCUGCAUCAAUUGCUUGUCAGGCUCUUUUGUUGACAAUGAUGCAUUCAAAGGCAUACCCUUUUGAAGGUAUGCUAGCUGCAAAGUUUGAAUACGAAUGCAAAAUGAGAGGUGCCCAGCGAAUGGGAUUUAAUCCCGUGGUUGGAGGUGGGCCUAAUGGAAGUGUUAUACAUUAUUCUAGGAACGAUCAGAAGAUUAAAGAUGGAGAUCUUGUAUUGAUGGAUGUUGGAUGUGAGGUACAUGGCUAUUCCAGUGAUCUCACACGUACCUGGCCACCUUGUGGGAGCUUCUCUUCUGCCCAGGAAGAGCUUUAUGAGCUUAUACUGGAAACAAACAAGCAUUGUGUGGAACUUUGUAAGCCAGGUGCUAGUAUUCGACAAAUACACAACCAUUCGGUUGAAAUGCUGCAGAAAGGACUCAAGGACUUUGGAAUUUUGAGAGACACCGGAAGCAGUUCCUACCAUAAGCUGAACCCAACUUCUAUAGGUCACUAUCUAGGAAUGGACAUUCAUGAUUGUUCAAUGAUCAGCUUUGACAGUCCUCUGAAGCCAGGUGUUGUAAUAACUAUUGAACCGGGAGUAUACAUCCCAUCUUCUUUUAAUUGUCCAGAAAGGUACCGAGGAAUUGGGAUAAGGAUUGAGGAUGAGAUUCUCAUUACAGAGACAGGUUAUGAGGUCCUAACAGCAUCAAUUCCUAAAGAAGUGAAGCAAAUUGAGUCCUUACUCAACAACUUCAGCCAUGGAAUAGGAUUGGAUAGCCAAAAUAACUUGAGAGCUACAUCCAACUAAUAUUGUCCAUGUGCAUUAAAGAACUGGAACAAUGAAUAUGUGCAUUGCAUUGUCAAAACUUUAGGUAAAUUAUUUACAUCCCUUACUUUUUUGCCUCCUCCAUAUUAACUUUUAGCUGAGCAAACAUUCCAACAUGUAUUCUACAAUCUUAGUGAAGAGGAGGGUACUAAAGAAUAGGAGAGAAUGUGGGGGCAGGCUUUCCUUACUUGUUUUGGGUUGUUCCCUUAUUUUUGUGGACUGAUAGAGUAGUAGGUUUCUUUUACCUAAUUGUUGCAUAAUUCCUACUUGGUUUUAUUGCUGUAAAUUAUUGAUGAUUUUAUUAAAUGGCCAGUUCCAUAUAAAUUUUCUUCAGCAGUUUGAAAUUGUAAUGUAAUCUUUACAACAAUGGAAAGAGUUAAUUUCUAUGUA